AUGUCUGGCUCCUACGAUGAAACUGCAGGUGUUGACGACACCAUGGACAGCUUCUGGGAGGUGGGAAACUACAAACGUGCUGUCAAAAGAUUUGAUGAUGGCCAUCGACUGUGCAAUGACCUCAUGGGCUGCCUGCAAGAACGGGCCAAGAUAGAAAAAGCUUAUGGGGAUCAGCUGACCGCCUGGUCGAAGAGAUGGAGACAACUCAUUGAGAAAGGCCCCCAGUAUGGCUCUGUGGAGAGAGCCUGGCUGGCUGUAAUGACCGAGGCAGAGAAGGUGAGCGAACUGCACCAAGAUGUCAAGAACAACCUGAUGAACGAGGAUGUGGAGAAAGUCAAGAACUGGCAGAAGGAGGCCUAUCACAAGCAAAUGAUUGGAGGUUUCAAAGAGGCAAAGGAGGCAGAGGAAGGAUUUAAGAAAGCUCAGAAACCAUGGGCUAAAAAGCUCAAGGAGAUGGAGACGGCGAAAAAAGCGUACCACAUGGCAUGCAAGGAAGAGAAGCUGGCGGCCACUCGAGAGGCCAAUGGCAAGACUGAGGCUUCUGUCACACCGGACCAGCAGAAGAAACUUCAUGAGAAAGUGGACAAAUGCAAACAGGAUGUGCAGAAAGCUAAAGAAAAAUACGAAAAGUCUCUGGAGGAGCUCAACAAAUGUGCACCACCCUACAUGGAGAGCAUGGAGCAGGUGUUUGACCAGUGCCAGCAGCAUGAGGUGAAGAGGCUGACUUUCCUGAAGGAGGCCUUGUUGGACAUUAAACGCCACCUCAACCUAACAGAGAACCAAAGUUACGCCACAAUAUACAGAGAACUGGAACGUACGAUCUUAUCAGCAAAUACACAAGAGGAUCUUAAGUGGUUCAGCAACAACCACGGACCUGGCAUGCACAUGAACUGGCCCGCUUUUGAGGAAUACAACCCAGACCAGGCAAAUGCUCCCCCAAAGAAGAAGAAGCCAGAUGGAGCCCCACCUACUCCAAGCACUGACCACGUUGCUCCCCCUGGUGACCGGAGCAGCGUCAGCAGCUAUGAAAAGAACCAAGCAUACUCAACCGAGUGGUCAGAUGAUGAGCAACCCGCUGCAUACUCGGGAAAUGAAAAUGGUGGUAACGGAAACUCCUUUGAAGAUGACUCCAGCACUGGGAAAGGCAUUCGUGUGCGAGCUCUUUAUGACUAUGACGGCCAGGAGCAGGAUGAACUCUCGUUCAAAGCAGGCGAUGAACUCACCAAGACUGAGGAUGAAGAUGAACAAGGCUGGUGUCGAGGUCGUUUGGACAGCGGCCGAGAGGGACUGUACCCGGCCAAUUACGUGGAGCCAAUCUAG